GCUGUAUACUGAUUCUCAUUGCAACGUGAAACAAAAUUUGCUCCCUGUAUCUACAUUGUACAUGUAUGAGUGGGGGUAUGUACAUGUAUUUGCUCUUCCAUCUGAAGUGACUUUGUAAUCAAAGCACAACAAUGGAUACCAAACUUUUGGAUGCAUUGAAUUCUGUCACCCCGGACCAUGGAAAUAUGCUACAUCUAGCUGCUAAGCUUGGUAAUGCUGAUGUUGUAAGAGCCUUGUUGGUGUCUGGUGUUGAUCCUACUAUUAAAGACAGUCAAGAACAGACAGCUUACGACAUCGCUAAAGCUUCCAAACAACUCAGCAUGGUCUUUCAUGAUGUUCUUCUGCAGUCCAUUGCUCAAUCCAAGGCAGAGCAAGUGAAGCAGUUUCUAGAUAGUGGUCUUGAUAUCAAUAAUAAAGAUGAAGCAACAGGGGGCAAUACAGCCCUACAUUGGGCAGCUAGCUUCUCAGGACUAGAAAUCAUCAAAAUACUCUUAGAGCACAAUGCAGAUGUGAACGCUACUAAUUCCGAUGGGACCACACCCUUACAUGAUGCUGUCUUGAGGGGGGAUGUUGACAUUGUGAAGGAGCUGGUUGCAGGGGGUGCAGACAUCAAUGCUAAAGCAACAGGAGGUAAAUCAGAAGGAAAGAGUCCAUUAGAUUUAGCAGAGGAUAGUCAAGAACUGAAAGAUGUAUUAGUCCCACCAGUCAUCAUGAAUGGACACGCAGAGAAUGGACAGAAUGGUGAAACAGUAGAGCAAUCUGAUGAUGCAGAUAGUGUAGAUGUGCCUUUCUUUUCAGUCACUUUGGAGGAGGUCAAGACUGAAGAAGAGAAGGAUUCAUCUGUCAAGGAUGAUUCUACUACAACCCCAGAGGCUGCGAGUCCUCAAGUAUCAUCAUCAGUCCAAGACGAGGAUGAGGAAGAUGACGGGGAGGUUGAGGUGGAGACUGUAGAAGAAGAGGAAGAGGAGGAGGAGGAUGUUGAAGAAGACCCAAGGCUGGCCUUUCUCUGGCCCAAACCUCAGCAGCUUGUCCAGAAGAAUGGAAACAAAUUUACUCUUAGCCAGGAUUUCAGUGUACAACUAGCAGCUAUGCCUCAAUCAGGUACCCUUGAACCCAUGGUUGACCUCUGGACGAUCCAGUCAGCCGUCUUGAUGGAGAAAGGCUAUCGUUGUGUUUUGGAGAAUUCUGUAGUAUGCCUAGAUCCUACUGCUCAGAUUGUUUGUACUAUCAACCCUCUACCAUUCUGCAGAGAGGAAAGCUAUAGGUUAUCAGUCAGUGAAAAGAUGGUGACGAUCGUUGCUGCUGAUCUUCCAGGUCUAUGGCAUGCUACAAGUACAUUUGUUCAGUUGGUCCAGCUCUGUCACAAGGAUGGCAUUCCACAGCUUGAGAUAUCUGAUUGGCCUAGCAUCAAACAUAGAGCUGUCAUGUUAGACUUAUCAGCUGGCAGAGUACCAAGGAUGGAUACUCUACUUCAACUUGUGAAUAGUUUUGCUCAGCUCAAAUACAAUGAGCUUCAUCUGUAUGUGAAAGCAUACAAGGAUAGUCCUAUACAUGACACCAUGCCAUAUUCUGGAAGUGAAUUGCUUGACCUGGAAGUGUUUUGUCAGUGGAGGUUCAUCAAGUUAGUUCCUCACAUUGAUCUGAUGGAAGAUAGUGACCUUUCACCUCCUCUCUUCUCAAUCUUCCAACAAGUCCUAUCAAGAUUUGGAUCCACAAAGGUUGUGAACAUUGGACCAAACUUGACAAGGAAGCUGUUAGAUUCAGUGCCUCCUCCAAGCCCUCGUCCAGAAACACCACAAGAUGGAAACACCUCAACAGAUCAGUCAAAGACACCUGAUCCUACUACAAAGAAGGAAUCAUCGGACACCAAGACGACAGAGUCUGGAGAAACAGAGACGGAACCAGAAGCAGAAGUAGUACAAGAGGAUGAAGUAGAACUCCCAAGACCGUCACCAUUCAUUCUAAGUAUACAAGAUCAACUGAGGUUGAUAGGCGUUGGAAGGAAUCAAACAGCACUCUUCUGUGCUAAUGUUAUCUCUGUAUAUGAGACCAGCUUCAAACAACUCCCCAUAGGAAGUGUAGCUAUGCUGUAUGGCUCCAAAAGCAACUCUGACUUUCAGAAGUCAGGAAAGAAGCUACUUGGAAGUGGACAAGGUUUCUAUGUGUGCCCUGGAACAGGUGUCUGGAAUAGUUUGGGUGGUGGUCCAGAAGGCUCUAUCUGUAACAUAUCUAAUGCCAUCAAGACAGCUACUACAAACCCCAAUGCCAUUGGUCUCCUAUUGACCAACUGGGCUGGUUGUACUUACUCCAAUCAUCCAGUACUUAGCUGGCCAGGUUACAUCGCUGCAGCAGGCCUGUCUUGGAAUGCAUCAACACCUCUGGAAUUUCUCCAUUGCAACCUGUCUGCAAUGAUCAAUCGUCACAUGCUACAGGACCCUGACUCACCGCUUGGUGAAGCUAUCCUUGAAGUCGGUCGCAUCGAUACCUACCUCACCCAGGCAACACUCAAUCAACUAGAUCUACCCAUCACUCACAAAUCAGUGGUCAUACCGGCCAAAGAGGGCUCCUUCCUCUGUCGGGUCAUCCAGGAUACGGACAGUGUUGAUCUGGAGUUCAUGACACUCGAAGUCAUCAAUACUGCCAUGAGAAGGAUACGCAAGUCACAAACUUCUCUGAAUGCUGUAGAUAAACUCAAGCUCGACAGGAGGGUUUAUAUUCAGGUUCAUCUUACUCUUGACUUGAUGUUCUGGGCUUGCAAGAUUGUAAGAGCUUUAGUGAUUACUGGUAAGAAACCCAACCAUGCCCAGAGUGGUUUCAAUGUCAUCAACGUAGGACUUGCCAACCUAUCUGCCACCACAAAGACAGAUUCAGCUAAUAAGUUAUUGAGUAUGAUGGAAGAGUACAGGACUGUUUGGUUAGAUCAAUGUUUCCAGCCUGGUCUUGAGGAUUCAGGGAUGUUCUUCAAAGGUGUCCUCAAACAUUUAGUACCAGAAGGUGCUGAAAGGACAGAAGAUUAGUUUUGAAAGGAUUUUCUUUAUAAUAGCCAUCAGUGCUGGAGCCAUUUAUAUCAUAUCUCAAAAUAUUCAAGAGAGUGGGGGAAAAAAAAUCAAUUGUAUACAAUUUGAUUGUCUCUGCUUUGGUAUCGCAUAGUGGCUUCAUUUUUUUAAGGUAAACAGUUUGGAUACCGACAAUAGGACACUUAAUAGUUUUUCAAGUCAUUGAAAAUCAAAAGAAAAUAAUAAUUAAUUUUCCUCAAAAAUUUCAGACAGGAGGUCUUGUCAAAUCUGCAACAAUAUGUAUGAAUAUAUAAGAUGAUAUUGAGAAAUUUAUUAUUUUGGGGGAAUGAUUCCUGGAAUGACCUUGUAACCUGUAUCAAUUCUUUAUUUUGAUAAUGAAAAUUUCUAUGAUUUUACAUUUUAUAUUAUUCCAUAUUUAGUAGCUUGAUUACUGAAUGCUUAUAUUUCCAAUUCAUAGAUGGUGAACAAAUAUGUUUAUAUGAUAAUUAGAAAUCUUAAUUAUUGAUUUAUUAUGAAAUGUAUAUUUUGCUUUUACAUUAAAUGUAUUGUGAAUUUUAUUUCUUGGUGGGUCAUCUUAUCCAGAUCUUAUAUGACUUGAAUGUUUUGUAUUUGCCUCAGAUAAUGAUUUUUAGUGCAAAUGAAUUCUUGGUCUUCUAAUACAAAACUUAGCAAUUGAUCCUAGGACUGAUUACAUUGUAGAUUAUAAUAUGCAAUCAAUCAUAUCAUCAGCAGUAAAAUCAAUUGUUGAGCCUUGUGUUAUUAGAUCCUAAUGUUGUUAAGAGAGGUAAUCUGUUUCUGCAAUUCUUUGACCACACACUCUUCUCAUUCCAUUAGGCAUAUUAUAAGAGCCAACGUGUGUACUUCGUUCAUAUUCAGGGCCCCAUUUCUAGAAAGCAUCAUAACUCCAGCAUGAUGCCAUCUCUAUGGAAAGCCAAGCUGGACAAUAAUCAUCUGUGAACAGACAUAUGCUUUCCAUGUUCGAAUUCCAUUCUUCUGCAUCUUGUCCAAUCAGUGUAUUGUGCAGCUUGGCUUUCUAUAGAGAUGGUAUCAGGCUGGAGUUAUAACACUGAUGAUAUGGGCCCCAGGUGUCUUUUUGUGAAUAUUUUUUUUACUUUGACAUGUAUCUGUUUCUAGUGAGUUUUUAUUGUUGAGUUACUGGAAUAUCUGUGAUAAAGAAUCCAUCUUGAAAGGCUGAUCAUGAUCAUUUUUAUCUUAUUUAUUUGCAGUUCUUUGAAAAUAUUUCUGCAGACGGCUUAUUUGGAAAUGUGUAAUGAGUCUGUGAAAGAUAUUUCACUUAAAGAGGACUUUGCAAAAUACCUUGAAAUUUGGUGUAUGUGUUCCUGUUAAGAUGCUUUUAUCAACAAAAAUAAGAUUUUUUUUUUAAAAUACAAUAUGCUUAUGUCUGUAGAAAUUUAUUUCCUUUUGGCUUUUCAUUUUCUUUAGAUUUUUAUCAGUGGAUGAUUGAGUCAAGAAAGCUAAGAGGCGUAAGGACAUUAUUUUUUUUCUCUGUGUAUAUUAAAUGCUUUGAAAAGUUCAUUACUUUUAUCUUAUUCCAUACAGUAGUGGCCAUGGUUUCCAACCAUGAAAGUAAGUGCCACUAGGGUAUGUUUUACUGUUUAUUUAUUUCAUAUGUCUCUCUUUCCUUUCACUCUUUAUCCUUCCUGUCCUAUGGUAUCAAUUCCCUUGUAUUGUAAUUAGUUUGCCCCCCCCUCAUUUAUUUGCUUUUUGAGGACACCAUAAUGACUUAUACCAUGGGCAAGUGUCCAUGGGAAAGCCAUUCCCUGUCAUUUUUUAUAAGUGGUCCAAAAGAAGUAAUGGAAGAAUUCAGGAAGGAAGGGGUUUGUUCUCUGCUAUCAAAAUACCCUGGUGCUGCAUUGAUCUUGAACUGCAUGAAUUUUCCUUUUCUCCUAUUGUAGUAAUUAGUACAAUGUACCCAGAGUUGGUACAAUGUUACUUUAUUGACACUACCUUUGAUUCAGUACUAGCAAGUGAGAAAAACAAUGCAUUUAAUUUUAUUUUUAUAGGCAGAUUUUUUUUUGCACGUAAUGGAAUGAUAGGAUAUACUUUGGAGGAGAAGCCCAUAUGGUUAGAUGGCAGACAGUGUUUGAUCAUUUGAUGAUAAGCAAGUACAUUCCCCAAACAAAGAAAUGGGGAAAAUUUUGCCUCAUUGCAUGAUGGUGCUGGUACAGAUUGCUGCCAUUUUUAUUCACUAUUCAUAUGUGAUAGGAUAGUGGAUGCCUUUAUGUUGAGAGCUGCUGCCUUGAUAUCCAUAUAGUGCCAUAUGCUAGAAAUAUUCCUUGCAAUUUGCAAAUAAACUGAAUAUUUGAGGGUAAUAUUUAAGGGUUUCAUUUAUGAAAAUGAAUGUUACUUUUAUAGCGGUGUCACUAUGUAUUGAAAUCCCAGAUUACUCCUCAGGGAGUGGAGAUGAGGCAUAUUGUGUGAAAAAGAAUGUAAUUACUACGGUAGUAUUAUUGGUUCAGUACAAAGAGAUUGUAUUUUGCCUGACUUGUAUGGUAAGACAUUUCUUGUAAGCAAAGCUGUAUUCAAGGGAAGUAGUAAGUAUCCCUUAUAGAUUAUUGUUAUAUUUCUGAAAAUUACAUUUCUUUUCUGUUUUUUGUACUUCAAGAGCAAUGUCUAGUUAUGUGAUUUAAGUUUUGAUUUUUAUCUAGAUGAAUAUUUAAGAAAAAAUAAAAAUAGAACUAUUGUAUCUCUUUAUGAUUGAAUCCAAGAAUGAUUUCACAGUCAAUCUUAUACACUUAUAUGCUUCUGGAAGUCUUUCAUGAACCAAUUGAGUCACUGAUUUUUGUUGACAGUUGUUUUAAGGUACUGAAAUUCUUACUUCUGAUUGGCUGAGAUAAAAUUUGUAGAUAAAAAUCACAUAGAAGAUGCGACACUAACAGUCCCCUUCUGCAUUCAGGAGAGAAAACAUCCUCUGGAUUUGAUCAAGUCCAGGACCCUGACAUAUACAUGAUGCAAUCAAACUUACAAUUAAGAAUAGUUGUAAGUCGAUAGCAAACUGUGUACAAAAAGUUGCAAUUUUGUUACAGGGCCCAGGGCCCCAUCUUACAAAGACUUGUGAUUGAUUCAAUCAACCACAACUGUGGAAAGCCAGCAACGUCAACAUUGAAUAUUCAUAUUUGUUCAAAACAUUUUCUAGAUAUGAUUUCUCUAUUCAUAGUUUUCUUGAAAAUUCAGUGUGCUUCUCUUUGUUUACAAAGGACAUUGUGCAAAUUCUUGAAGAAAAAUUAUGUCAUUGAUGGAUUUCCAUUUCCAUAAUUCUUUGUAAGAUGGGGCCCAGAUGUACUGGCUCAGUAUUUGUUUCUUAUUUCAAUGUAUAGUAAUAUUAUUUAAUUCAUCUACAGAGUCUUUCUGUUUAUUCUAUGAUUGAACAUGUGAAGAAGCUUCAAGUAUUUUUGUUUCUUUUAUGAUUUCAUAAUGGUAGACAACGAAUAGUGAUAUAAUUUCAAAAUUUAACUGUUCAUGAUUAUGAACAUAUAUGCCUGUCAUCAAUUGAUAAAGAGAAAAGAUAUCUACAGAUUUGAGUAUUUCAAAUGAAAUAGUAGCAAUAAAUAUUAAGUUUAUAUUCA